AUGAUUUACCGCGACAGCGACUCGAAGAGUGUACCGAGACCCAAAAGUGCAAUUUACCGUGACCGUCGAAGAAAGUCAAGUUCAGUCUUGGUGCCAGGCUGCGUGAAACUGGAGAGAUGUUCGUUGUGCCCGACUGCCAGCACAAUAUGAGAAUCAGAGAGCUAAAAAACGCCAUGGAAUUAGUGGUUGUGAUUCCCACAGACUUCCAGAGAGUAUGCUACCUGGAUAAAGGUAAAAUAAAUAUGUUUGAUCUCAUUUGCUGGUUUAACUGUUGACAUAUUUUAAUAAGAAAUGGGAAGUCGUUGUUGAUUAAUUUCUUAGAUGUAUUCAUUUAUUUUUAAUGGGUUUAAUGAAGUUAGAAUCACAGCCCUUAUAAAUCUCAAAAGUAGGCUAGUAGUGACAUCCCAUCAUGGUGAACAUUUGAUUAUAGGGUGUUUUCCAGUUUGCCUAAUUAUCUAAUGAUGUGCUUGUCUGACCAGACCCAAUGUAUACUCCACCCAACAGGUGACCUAUAUGAUGACACCACUAUUCACUGUAAUGACAUUGUUGUGUCUGAAAAUAUGCUGCUAAUUAUGCUGUGAUGAUAAGAAGAUCCGCUGACACUGUACUUUGAUUAUAAAGGUUUAUUUUAUCCAAGGGUUACAGCUUCAAUUUACAGAUAUCUGCAGAAUAUCUGGAGAACAACGACCCAAUCUGUAAUAUGUUGUUCCUCCCAGUCCUUUGUUCAAGACAUGGUAUUUAUAUCCUAUGUAACAUAACAUGGCGUGAUUUUAAUAAACCAAUCCCUGGCUUUCCACAUAUCUCCCCAUAUCCUCUAUUCCAAGAAGCCUAUGUAGUAAUGCUUUCCAGAUGUUUCCGCAAACAGAGCCAAGUUCCUCUAACACACUUUUUGCAAACGUCAGCAAAAUCAUAUACCCUCAGACACUACAACAUCGUCCCUGGAACUACUGUCACCCUGAUGAUCUGGCCUUACGAUGGAUGGGCUGAGCUUGUGAUAGCUGCAGCUACUGGGGAUGUACUCAAGGUGAUGUGGCAUAAAAGAAAAACCUAGAACAGUCUACAGCAGUCAUACACAGAGACUCUCUAUGGCUCAGGUCAAUAUUGAUCAUAAUAAAAAAAGAACCAUCAUCAACAAAAAUAGUAAUAGCAAUACUGCAUUUCUUUACUAGACAUGCUGAAAGAUCCACCUCCUUAUUUGAUUUAAUGUGGCUAGCCUGUACUUACUGCACAUCUAAACAUUUACAUUUACGUCAUUUAGCAGACGCUCUUAUCCAGAGUGACUUACAAAUUGGUGCAUUCAACUUAUGAUAUUUUCUUUUUGUUUUUUUAGCUAAACAGGUGGGGCUCAAACCCACUGGUCGGUUCAAACUUUGAUUGGGAACAGAUGACGUCAUAUAAAAACAAAAACUGUUGCGCUCCCUCACCUAAAAAUCAGCACUACACCACUGACUAUAGCCUGUUUAAAUUGUGACUGCUGAGCCAAUCACGUUCAAAAGUCAGAAAUAAGUUGUACAGUAUUUAAAGUGGGACUGCUGUCGCAAGUCCAUUAAAAAAUAAGCCUACCUUCUUACCAUAAUAUACCAGGUAUUUCCAAGUCAAUAUAACUAAACCUACUAUCAGUUGAUAAUGAAACAUUAGAUUUGUUCAACUGUGUGGCUAUGUUAUUGUUGAACAUGUACCGAAAGCGCAACAAUAGGACUCGAACGAUUAUCACCUUAGCAACAGUAAGUAGUCAGACACAGCAUUCCAAAUCAUUCAUUAUUUUCCAAUUCUAAACCAUUUGCAAUAUGCAAAAAUGAUUCGGCGCGUUUCUAUGAGCAAUCCAAUGGCAUAUUUUAACACCUCAACGAAGAGGAUUCCACUUCAGGUACCGAGACCCAAAAGUGCGAUGAUUUACCGCGACAGCGACUCGAAGAGUGUACCGAGACCCAAAAGUGCAAUUUACCGUGACCGUCGAAGAAAGUCAAGUUCAGUCUUGGUGGCAGGCUGUGUGAAACGGGAGAGAUGUUCGUUGUGCCCGACUGCCAGCACAAUAUGAGAAUCAGAGAGCUAAAAAACGCCAUGGAAUUAGUGGUUGUGAUUCCCACAGACUUCCAGAGAGUAUGCUACCUGGAUAAAGGUCAAAUAAAUAUGUUUGAUCUCAUUUGCUGGUUUAACUGUUGACAUAUUUUAAUAAGAAAUGGGAAGUCGUUGUUGAUUAAUUUCUUAGAUGUAUUCAUUUAUUUUUAAUGGGUUUAAUGAAGUUAGAAUCACAGCCCUUAUAAAUCUCAAAAGUAGGCUAGUAGUGACAUCCCAUCAUGGUGAACAUUUGAUUAUAGGGUGUUUUCCAGUUUGCCUAAUUAUCUAAUGAUGUGCUUGUCUGACCAGACCCAAUGUAUACUCCACCCAACAGGUGACCGAUAUGAUGACACCACUAUUCACUGUAAUGACAUUGUUGUGUCUGAAAAUAUGCUGCUAAUUAUGCUGUGAUGAUAAGAAGAUCCGCUGACACUGUACUUUGAUUAUAAAGGUUUAUUUUAUCCAAGGGUUACAGCUUCAAUUUACAGAUAUCUGCAGAAUAUCUGGAGAACAACGACCCAAUCUGUAAUAUGUUGUUCCUCCCAGUCCUUUGUUCAAGACAUGGUAUUUAUAUCCUAUGUAACAUAACAUGGCGUGAUUUUAAUAAACCAAUCCCUGGCUUUCCACAUAUCUCCCCAUAUCCUCUAUUCCAAGAAGUCUGUGUAGUAAUGCUUUCCAGAUUUUUCCGCAAACAGAGCCAAGUUCCUCUAACACACUUUUUGCAAACGUCAGCAAAAUCAUAUACCCUCAGACACUACAACAUCGUCCCUGGAACUACUGUCACCCUGAUGAUCUGGCCUUACGAUGGAUGGGCUGAGCUUGUGAUAGCUGCAGCUACUGGGGAUGUACUCAAGGUGAUGUGGCAUAAAAGAAAAACCUAGAACAGUCUACAGCAGUCAUACACAGAGACUCUCUAUGGCUCAGGUCAAUAUUGAUCAUAAUAAAAAAAGAACCAUCAUCAACAAAAAUAGUAAUAGCAAUACUGCAUUUCUUUACUAGACAUGCUGAAAGAUCCACCUCCUUAUUUGAUUUAAUGUGGCUAGCCUGUACUUACUGCACAUCUAAACAUUUACAUUUACGUCAUUUAGCAGACGCUCUUAUCCAGAGUGACUUACAAAUUGGUGCAUUCAACUUAUGAUAUUUUCUUUUUGUUUUUUUAGCUAAACAGGUGGGGCUCAAACCCACUGGUCGGUUCAAACUUUGAUUGGGAACAGAUGACGUCAUAUAAAAACAAAAACUGUUGCGCUCCCUCACCUAAAAAUCAGCACUACACCACUGACUAUAGCCUGUUUAAAUUGUGACUGCUGAGCCAAUCACGUUCAAAAGUCAGAAAUAAGUUGUACAGUAUUUAAAGUGGGACUGCUGUCGCAAGUCCAUUAAAAAAUAAGCCUACCUUCUUACCAUAAUAUACCAGGUAUUUCCAAGUCAAUAUAACUAAACCUACCAUCAGUUGAUCAUGAAACAUUAGAUUUGUUCAACUGUGUGGCUAUGUUAUUGUUGGACAUGUACCGAAAGCGCAACAAUAGGACUCGAACGAUUAUCACCUUAGCAACAGUAAGUAGUCAGACACAGCAUUCCAAAUCAUUCAUUAUUUUCCAAUUCUAAACCAUUUGCAAUAUGCAAAAAUGAUUCGGCGCGUUUCUAUGAGCAAUCCAAUGGCAUAUUUUAACACCUCAACGAAGAGGAUUCCACUUCAGGUACCGAGACCCAAAAGUGCGAUGAUUUACCGCGACAGCGACUCGAAGAGUGUACCGGGACCCAAAAGUGCAAUUUACCGUGACCGUCGAAGAAAGUCAAGUUCAGUCUUGGUGGCAGGCUGCGUGAAACGGGAGAGAUGUUCGUUGUGCCCGACUGCCAGCACAAUAUGAGAAUCAGAGAGCUAAAAAACUUCAUGGAAUUAGUGGUUGUGAUUCCCACAGACUUCCAGAGAGUAUGUUAA